AUGAGCUACCCACCACCUGGUCCCGGCCAAUACCCGCAUUAUCUACCGCCGCCACAGUAUCAGCAUGGGCAAAUUCCCCCGCAGGGACUGUACAAUAGCCUUGGUGCUCCGCCGCCAUACGAUAAUGGCUAUGGCAAGCCAUUGAUGUAUCCUUCGACUAUGACACCAUACCCAUCGACAUAUACCCCACAACCGCAGCAGCAGCAGACGCGUCCUCCGCAGACUUCACCGCAGCAGCCGCUCCAAUUACCACCACAACCUCUCCAACCACGGCCACAGCCAGGACCACAGCUUCUCUCUCAACUACCAUCUCCCCCUCCACCCCAGCCGCGUCCUCCCCCGCCUCAACUUCAACUAGAAGAGCUGCAACAUCAGUUUGUAAAUCCGUCUCAACUGUUUGUACAACAACCUCUGCCUACUGCUCCGCGAUCCCGAUACACCCAACUCUCUCAGUAUGGUGAACCAGCUUUCGUCCCAAGUUCUAGUCCUCCAAAAAUAUCACCGGCUGCUCUGCCAGCUCCGCCGCCAGUCAGGCCUAUUCACAUUGCUCCUGCCCCGUCUCCUAUUACUCCUAAACCAAACACCCAAACCAACCAAGGACAAGCCAAUAACCAUAUACCGCAACCACGCCCUAUCGUCAAAGCUGAACCUACGCCAUCCAAGAUCUCUCCCAAAGUAAAACAUCAGAAAAAACCUUCUACACCUAUUUCGACGCCGAAACGACCCCAGCCUGCUCCUUUUCCGGCGACACAGGCUACCCCGCAAGUCAUGGCCCGAGCUCCGUCUCCUGUUCAAGCAAAUAUUCAAAACCAGACUCCGAAGAAGCAAGUUCAACCACACCAUAUUGAGAAGAAGAGACAGCCGACUCAGCCAAAUGUUGAAAAACAUUGGAAGCCGACGCCUACCAAGUCUACAAAGCCUCCAGUCGACUAUCAGGUUCUGCUGUUAUCCCUGGCUGAUGAAUAUUUAAAUGCUGCUCAUGCUCGUGGAACAACGACCUCAUUGACCGCUCGAGAGACUGACGUUGAGGAAUAUUACAAGCUGGUUGCUACCGGAUUGGGCUGUUUGGAGGCUGUCUUGAAGAACUGGCGACUGCAACCUCGCAAAGAAGCUCUUGUUAGACUUCGCUACGCGCGUACAUUGUUUGAGGAAACAGACAAUGACAUUGAAGCGGAAACAGCAUUGAGUAAAGGGAUCGAUCUUUGUGAACGAAACCGUAUGCUUGACUUGAAAUACAGCAUGCAGCACCUGUUAGCUCGAAUGCUCCAUAAAAGUAACCCCAAAGCUUCCUUGAAAGCGGUUGAUGGGAUGAUCCAGGAUGUGGAAGCGUACCGCCAUGCCGCAUGGGAGUACGCAUUCCGCUUUCUUCGAGUAUCACUUUCGCUGUCAUCUCCGUCACACCAAGACUCCGUGCAAGCGUUGCAGAAUCUUCACAAAAUCACGGCUAUGGCUAAUCGUAACGGGGACAAGGCUGUUUCGGCAAUGGCGGCUGUCAUUGAAUCACUUGCACACUUGCAGCAAGCGACAAAUUCGGAUUCUAUCGAGCAGGCGCAGCGCGCCGUGGCUGUCGCGCGAAGCCAUCAGCUGAACGAUGAACUUCGCCAUAUACCUCAACUUACAACCUUAAUUCAAAUGGUCGAUAUCUGUUGUAGUCUUCUAGAGUACGACGUCAACCAGUCUGGACAGAAGUUGAAGGUCAUGCAGGCUUUGAUGGAUGAGACACUAAGCGACAGCAACUGGCGUCCCGAUGGGUCAUUUUCGGUCCCUCUCAACGGUAAAUCGGCCGGGCCAUCAUCCAUCGACACAGGUGACAUCUUGCAGGUUCAGAAUGGGACAUUGCUAUUAAGCUUCAACUGGCUCCCUCAGCACGAUCUUUAUGCGCUUUGUUAUUUCUUAAGCUCAAUCACACUCAGUGCCAAGAACUCAUAUGAUGGUCGGAAAGCCGAGAAAUAUCUCGAGGAAGGGCUUCGAAUGGUUCAAGGCAAUUUCAAGGCCCCCCAAGAAAUUUCAGAAUCCAUGGUCAAUGCCAACCGUCGGGUUCAGUGGCGUCAGUCCCUUUACUGCAACCUUCUCCUCCAACGAGUCUUCCUGGCUUGCGCUCGAACCGAUUGGGAGCUUGCCAGCCAGACUCUCAACGACCUUCGACAAGUCUUCCAAGAGCUUGGUUCUAACCUCCUAGGUACCAUUGAAUGUCUGAUGGAAUAUGCCGCCGGGACUAUCGCACAGGCAACUGGCGAUCUCAAUACCGCGCUGAACAUAUUCCAAUCACCAAUUCUGUCACUAGACCCCGCUACCAGCAAGACAGGACGCAAUGACCCCUGUCGUGAUACGCGCAUCCUCGCCGGUCUUAACACCGCUCUUAUCCUCCGUGAUCCAAGUCACUCAUCGCACCCCUCGCUCAGCGCCCUUCUAGCAACGCUUGAACCCUUCUGCCAAGGCAGUCCAAACAAGUAUAUACAAGCUGCCUACUUCCUAGUCUGCGCAACCGUUCACUCCGAGUCUACCAUCCAAACCAAACAGUACCUCCAGCAAGCUCUGCAGUCCGCUACUGCAAUCAGCAACAGCCAAAUCACCUGCAUGACCCUAACAUUCAUGAGCUGGAAGUAUUUCCGCGGCGUGGUCGGCGAGCAAGCUGAGAAAAGCGCUCGAGCCGGCCGUGCAAUGGCCAAACGAGCUAAUGACCGGAUGUGGGCGAGCGUCACCGACGACAUGCUGGCUGAGACCCUGGAGCGACAGGGCAAGGGUGAGGAAGCGCAGAGCGUCCGCGAAGAAGGCCAACGCUUGGUAUCGGGUCUUCCGCCCCGUCUGAGACGUCCGGCCUGA